AUGAACCCCGGAGAAGGUCUAGGAGCUAACAGUGUGUUGACUGAACCCCGGAGAAGAAGUGAAGAAGCUGCUGGAAGUGAAGAAGCUGCUGGAAACGAAAAAGCUUCUGGAAGUGAAGAAGCUGCUGCUGGAAGUGAAGAAAGUGCUGGAAGUGAUGAAGCUUUUGGAAGGGAUGAAGCUGCUGGAAGGGAUGAAGCUUCUGUAAGGGAUGAAGCUGCUGGAGGGGAUGAAGCUUCUGGAAGUGAUGAAGCUUUUGGAAGGGAUGAAGCUGCUGGAAGGGAUGAAGCUUCUGGAAGGGGUGAAGCUGUUGGAAGUGAUGAAGCUUCUGGAAGUGAUGAAGCUUUUGGAAGGGAUGAAGCUGCUGGAAGGGAUGAAGCUGCUGGAAGGGAUGAAGCUUCUGGAAGGGAUGAAGCUUCUGGAAGGGAUGAAGCUUCUGGAAGUAAUGAAGCUUUUGGAAGGGAUGAAGCUGCUGGAAGGGAUGAAGCUCCUGGAAGGGAUGAAGCUUCUGGAAGGGAUGAAGCUGUUGGAGGGGAUGAAGCUUCUGGAAGUAAUGAAGCUUUUGGAAGGGAUGAAGCUGCUGGAAGGGAUGAAGCUCCUGGAAGGGAUGAAGCUGCUGGAAGGGAUGAAGCUUCUGGGAGGGAUGAAGCUUCUGGAAGGGAUGAAGCUUCUGGAAGGGAUAAAGCUGCUGGAAACGAAGAAGCUUCUGGAACUUCUGGAAGUGAUGGAGCUGCUGAAAGGGAUGAAGCUGCUGGAAGGGAUGAAGCUGCUGGAAGGCAUGAAGUUUCCGGAAAGGAAGAAGCUCCUGGAAGUGAAAAAGUUGCUGGAACUACUGGAACUGAGGAAGCUGCUGUGACUAAAAAAGCAUUUGGAUCUGAAGAAACUGCUGAACUAGUGAAAGCUGUUAGGACUACUGGAAGUUAG